GGGUAUUGUAGAAAGAUCUGAAUAACUGAAGACAGAUCAAAUGAAUGAAGCAAAUUACUCAGAAGUAUCUGAAUUUAUAUUCCUGGGACUAUCAACCUACAGACCAACACAAUAUUUCCUCUUUGCUUUUGCUAUAAUAUCAUAUGCAGCAACAUUUCUAGGAAAUUUCUCAGUUGUGUUUAUAGUGAUCUUUGACCCUCAUUUACAUUCAUCCAUGUACUUCCUUUUAGCUAAUCUUUCAUUCAUUGACUUUUGGUUUUCUACCUCAACAGUUCCUAAGUUGAUUUCUGACCUGUACUCAGGUCACAGUAUCAUUUCAAUCCAGAGCUGCAUCUUCCAGAUGUUUGUCCUCCAUCUCCUGGGGGGAUGUGAGAUGGUGUUGCUGGUAGCCAUGGCCUGGGACAGAUAUGUGGCAAUAUGCAAACCCCUCUACUACCUGACCAUCAUGAACCCACAGAUGUGUCUUUUGCUUUUGAUUGGUGCCUGGAUUAUUGGUCUCAUUCAUUCAGUGGCUCAAUUAGCUUUUGUUGUCCAUUUGCCUUUUUGUGCUUCUAAUGAGAUAGAUAGCUUUUACUGUGAUCUUCCUCGGUUCAUCAAAAUGGCAUGUAUAAACACCUACAGAAUGGAGUUCUUGGUUACUGCUGACAGUGGAUUUAUUUCUCUCAGUACCUUCUUCUUAUUGAUUAUCUCUUACAUCUUCAUACUGUUUACUGUACGGAAACAGUCCUUAGGCAGUUUGUCCAAGGCCUUCUCUACACUUUCUGCUCACAUUUGUGUGGUAGUUUUGUUCUUUGGACCAUGCAUCUUUGUGUACAUAUGGCCAUUUCCUACUGUGCCAGUCGAUAAGUUCCUGGCCAUUCUGGACUACAUGAUUAUACCCAUCCUGAACCCUGCCAUUUACACGCUGAGGAACAAAGACAUGAAGGUGGCAAUGAGAAGACUGAGUGUUCAACUCCUGAAUAGGAAAAGUAUCUGCUAAGUUCCUCAUAAGCAUACACAACCUGA